AUGGCCUCCCUUGAAGAUGACAAUACAAGCGCGGACCAAAAAUCGCAAUUAUCACCAGCAAUUCCCCCGCCAAAAACACCUCCGGGAAAAUCACAUCGCAGAAACCGAUCCGAUGCGUCUUCCAGCUCUCCCAGGGGGAAGAAGAGAAGACCAAGAGCAUUUUCUAUCUCUACUAUCUCUGCCUCACAUUCCAGCACGCCGUCUGGGGAGCACGAGGACCCCACUACACCAAAAAGCACCAGACAUCCUUCACCCCACAUACCGGUAGUACCCUAUAAUGCUAAUGUAGCUCACCCCCCAGUAUAUAGAACGCCCAUCCAAUAUGGCUAUUAUAAUAGCGGUUUUCCGACUGCCCCUCCUCCCCCUCUCCCGUUUCCUCCUCCCCUUCCUUCACCGCAAUCUAUAGGAAUGUCUUAUCAACGACAGAGAGUAGAUUUUGAAGGGUCUUACAAUGGGCCAUGGGCUUCGGGGCCGAUGAAAAUUGAGGGUACAAAAAUGGGUCCCAAAGGACUAAAUAGCGAGUACUACGAGCAAGGCCGCCAGGACAUCCCACAAAUAUUGAUUAGUAGUGAAGACGAUCUGGAAGAGGGCGAGUGGUAUUCAGGAUCGGAGGACGAUCAGACCGAGGAUGGAAGGAGAGAGGGGAGGGAUAAAGGGAAGGGUAGAGCAGGUGAGAGCGGGUCGGGGGGUAGGAGGACGCCAUCAGUAGGAACAAAGUUCCGCAGGAAAACACCGCCAUUGGGUACAGAGGCCAUUCCCCGGUUUUCUCUUCCCUACUAAUGGACCAGCUCAGCACCUCCUCCAGAUAUACCGCAAUCCCAGACUUCACAAAAUUCCCAGAAAUCAGGCCGUGGCUCUCCUCCCCCAUCUCGCAGAACAGGUUAUCCAUACGUGGCGCAAACACUCACUAACCACCCCUCACUAGCGCUUUACCGUCGCUUCUCAACGCUAAACCAUCUAGUGCUUUUACAUUUACAAGAUGAAAUCUCGGAAUUAGAAUCAAUCCUCGUGGAAUUAGACACUGCCGAAUAUCUUUCUAAUGCUGGGCUUGGACUACGUUCGCGGCGCGUCGGAAGUGGUGGUGGUGCAAAGAGAAUACAGGUCAUGGGAGCUGUCGCAUGGAAACUCAGGGAGUACAGUAAGUCCCACUACCUCCCCCCCUCCCGUAUCAGGACCCCUUACGCUGAUCACGCACAGACACGGCAUUGAAAAACUUUGCAGAUGUCGCAGACACUUUAGAGAUGGCACGAGAGGACGAAAUAACGGCAUACAGGAAAUGGCUUGAUAGCGAGAGACCCUUGGUUGAGACCGAGGCCAGGUUUCUCGAGAGCCGAGAAGACCUGAUAUCCUUACGAAAGACACCAAAGCCAAACUUUCUAGUCAUCCCUACCCCUACACCGCAGCCAGCACAAUCGCAAUCACCACCACCACCACGAUCGCAGCCAGAGUCCCAUGAAAACACACUGCCGGAGGAGCCAAACGAGCCAACAGUGGAAGACACACAGCCCACUUCUCCCGAACCAAUACCAAAAGAGGUAUCUCUUUCUUCAAACCCACACUACCGCCUCCCCGCAUGAACCAAACCAAAAAAAAGACAAGACUAAUUACCCAAGCCAUUGCUACCAUCCCCCACCCCAACACUCUCGCGCACCGCCAAAAUCUGGGCGACUCUAAUCUCGUUUGGCAUAUCGGCCGUGGGGGGGUGGAUCCUUGACAGGAAGCCGGAGAUGCAGGUACCCGCGGCACUCACGAUUGGAGCGUACGUGCUGAUCAUGAUCCACCACCAAAAGGGGAAGUUGGGGGGGAGGGAGUGA